AGCAGCUCCUACUGAAGUCCUUACUUCUGUUUGUAAGACGUUGGCAGAGUCCUGUUUCUUUGUCAACACUGGUGGGGGUUAAGAAGCAAUUUCCUAGUUAUUUUUCAGAAUGGCUUUGGGGAGCUACAUGAGUGGAGUCCAGGGCUUGAUCUGCACUGUAGAAAACCAAAGUGCUCUUCCAGCAGUCACUAGCCAAUCCCUCUCCAAUGCCAGAGAUACAGCUUAAUGGUGUAACAUUAGAAAAUGUUCACCAUUUCCGCUACCUUGGCAGCCACCUCUCCACAAAAGUCAAGAUUGACACCGAAAUACAACACCGCCUGAGCUCUGCGAGUGCAGCAUUUUUCUGAAUGAAGCAGGGGGUGUUUGAAGACAUCCGUAGGGAUACCAAGCUGUCCACAGAGUUUCCCUCUGAUGACAUUGUAUUAGUCACAGCAUCUCCUGUUAUAAAAGCAGUUGUGAACUUCAAGCAGGUCUCCAGAACUUUAGAAGAAUUUGAUGUUGAGGAACAAGCAAGCAGCGUCUUACAAAAACGCUGUCCUAACAUUAAGGUUAUACAGUCUCCUGUAAAGUGGUUGAAAAGUGAAGAACAUAAAAUCAUUACAGAGGAUGGCAAGGAGUAUGCCUAUGAAAAGCUUUGCCUUUGUGCUGGAGCAAAGCCAAAACUGAUUGCUGAGGGAAACCCAUUCGUGUUGGGAAUUCGAGAUACAGAUAGUGCUGCGGAAUUCCAGAAACGUCUAGCGAAAGCUGAAAGAAUAAUAAUUGUGGGAAAUGGUGGUAUUGCACUUGAAUUAGUGUAUGAAAUCGAAGGUUGUGAAGUGAUUUGGGCCAUUAAAGACAAAGCGAUUGGGAAUACUUUCUUCGAUGCAGGAGCAGCUGAAUUUUUGAUUCCAAAGCUAAGUGUGGAGAAGCCUGAAGUUCCACUUGUUUGUAAAAGAACAAAAUACACAACAGCAGAAAGUAAAAAGAAAGAGGCAGACACAGCAGGCCCUGGGGACAUUGGCAGUGCUUUGGGCCCUGACUGGCACGAAGGCUUGCAUCUUAAGGGAGCAAAAGAGCUUUCCCAUAAAGUUCACAUUGAAAAUCUGUGUGAAAUAAAGAAGAUCUAUCUCUGGGAGGAAUUCCACAAGUCAGGGAAGGUGUCCAUGGCUUUCCCCAAAGCUCAACAAGACAAGAAUGUUAUGGAAACAGAAGAAGAGCCUUGGCCUGUAUAUGUGGAAUUAACCAACGGGAGGAUAUAUGGCUGUAACUUUGUUGUUAGUGCAACUGGAGUAGUCCCAAAUGUCCAGCCAUUCCUUGAUGGUAAUAAGUUUGCUGUAGGUGAAGAUGGAGGUCUCCAAGUGGACAAGUUCAUGCGCACAUCACUGCCAGAUAUCUAUGCAGCAGGAGACAUCUGCACAACAUCCUGGGAGCCCAGUCCUUUUUGGCAGCAGAUGAGACUGUGGACCCAAGCUAGGCAGAUGGGCUGGUACACUGCAAAAUGUAUGGCCGCUGACACUCUAGGGGAACCUAUUGACAUGGACUUCAGUUUUGAACUCUUUGCUCAUGUUACAAAAUUUUUCAACUACAAGGUGGUGCUGCUAGGAAAAUAUAAUGCUCAAGGACUGGGUUCAGACCAUGAAUUGAUGUUGCGGUGCACCAAAGGGCUGGAGUAUGUCAAAGUCGUGAUGCAGAACGGACGAAUGCUGGGAGCGGUCCUGAUUGGAGAAACAGACCUGGAAGAAACCUUUGAGAACUUAAUUCUAAAUCAGAUGGAUCUUUCACGCUAUGGGGAGGACCUCUUGGAUCCAAAUAUUGACAUUGAAGACUAUUUUGACUGAAUGUUUGAAAAUAAUAGCAUCUGUGGCUUAUUUUGAACUGGACACUGAACAGUUAUAGAGGACAAGCAUUUAUUUUAUAAUGCAGAUUUUAAUUGGAAUGUACAGUGCCUUACCUUGUAAAGUGGUUCCAAAGCCACUAACACUCUUUCACAAACAUAAGACUUAAACUGGCCAGAGUCUUAUUCUAUUUAUUUAUUUUUACAAUUAUAUAGACAUAUAUAUAAAACAUAAGUUCACCAUUCUUAUGACUCUACGUCCCCCCUCCUUCAUUCUCUAUCAUUCCUCUG